AACUGAUUUGUCAUCGGGGAGGUUUCUUCACAAUGUCACUGGUUUCGCCUGUCACCUGUCCCUCCCUAUAGAGGAGAAUGCACCCCCGCCCUUGUUCUCUAGCAGGAAAACCAGUCUGGUCACUCUGAAGGAAUGUCAUUAAGGCUGACAGAAGCUCCCUUUGAGGCAGAAAAGCAGGAUUACCGAACAGGCAACAUCUCUGCAGCUGAUCGUGAGGACAGGUAGCUGGCAAACAGAUUUUUGCAGCUUUCUUCCUUCAAGUCAGGCACAAGUGUGAAAAGGAAAUGCUGUAAAAAUGAGUGAGCAAUCCAGAACAAAAAGGUCCCGAAGUCUCUCAGACAGUCUAAUUCUUGAAGAUUCUGAGGAUGGAAGUGUUGUUGUGAAGGAUAUCAGUGAUGCUGGAGUUGCAGAUUCCUCUGGAAUUAAGGAAGGGGAUGAACUAGUUGGUGCCACCAUCUAUUUUGACACGCUUAAGAAGGAUGAUGUCCUAAAGCUCAUGAAGCUUACUGACCAAUACAAUGCGCAAAUGAAGGUGAUUACCAAACGGCCCAAAGUCACUCCAGAUGUUGCUUGGGAAAGCCCUAAUAUCAGCAUUAGAAGACCAGAAGCAAUGCUAAGGAAUUCAACAUAUGACAAAUUAUUUAAUAACAAAAUUAAGAAACAUCUAAAACUGUCAUCUUCCUGUGAAAACAUUUUUUCAGAACCAGAUAUACACUCAUCUGGACUGAAAGAUAACUUCAAUGCUGAUUUUAAUGAACCUAAAAUGAAUCUAAAGGGUCCCAAAGUCAAUGUCAACUUACCAGAAGGAAGCCUGGAAGGUCCAACGUCAUUUGAUAUUCAUAGUGCUGGAAAUGUAAAACUGAAAGGACCCGACUCAUCUUUCGAUGGAAGUUUAAAAACACCAGAUAUACAUUUUGGUGGUCCAAAUAUCAAGGGAGGAAUCAAUGUCCCAGAUAUUGAUUUGAAGAUGCCCAAGGCUGACAUCAAAGGACCACACAUUUCCAUGCCUUCUUUUGGAGGAGGAAAGGUUAAAGGUCCAGAACUAAAUAUGGAUGGGAAACUAAACUCACCUGAUGUAGACAUAUCUGCUCCAGAUAUCAAGGGAGGAUUUCAUGCUCCAGAUAUUGAUGUGAACAUGCCCAAGGCAGACAUUAAAGGGCCAAAAUUUCAUUUGCCAUCAUUUGGAGGAGGAAAAGUUAAAGGCCCUGAAUUAAAUGUAGAUGGGAAAGUAAACACACCAGAUGUAAACCUAUCAACUCCAGAUAUCAAAGGGGGAAUUCAUGCUCCAGAUAUUGACUUGAAGAUGCCCAAAGCAGACAUCAAAGGGCCAACAUUUAGUCUACCUUCUUUUGGAGGAGGAAAAGUUAAAGGACCUGAAUUAGAUGUUGAUGGAAAAAUAAACACACCCGAUUUAGACAUAUCAGCUCCAGAUAUCAAGGGAGGAUUUCAUGCUCCAGAUAUUGAUGUGAACAUGCCCAAGGCAGACAUUAAAGGGCCAAAAUUUCAUUUGCCAUCAUUUGGAGGAGGAAAAGUUAAAGGCCCUGAAUUAAAUGUAGAUGGGAAAGUAAACACACCAGAUGUAAACAUAUCAACUCCAGAUAUGAAGGGGGGAAUUCAUGCUCCAGAUAUUGAUUUGAAGAUGCCCAAGGCAGACAUCAAAGGACCAAAAUUUAAUUUGCCAUCAUUUGGAGGAGGAAAAGUUAAAGGACCUGAAUUGGAUGUUGAUGGAAAAAUGAAUACACCUGAUGUACACAUAUCAGCUCCAGAUAUCAAGGGGGGAGUUCAUGCUCCAGAUAUUGAUUUGAAGAUGCCCAAGGCAGACAUCAAAGGACCAAAAUUUCAUUUGCCAUCAUUUGGAGGAGGAAAAGUUAAAGGACCUGAAUUAGAUGUUGAUGGAAAAAUGAAUACACCUGAUGUAGACAUAUCAGCUCCAGAUAUCAAGGGGGGAGUUCAUGCUCCAGAUAUUGAUUUGAAGAUGCCCAAGGCAGACAUCAAAGGACCAAAAUUUAAUUUGCCAUCAUUUGGAGGAGGAAAAGUUAAAGGACCUGAAUUAGAUGUUGAUGGAAAAAUGAAUACACCUGAUGUAGACAUAUCAGCUCCAGAUAUCAAGGGGGGAGUUCAUGCUCCAGAUAUUGAUUUGAAGAUGCCCAAGGCAGACAUCAAAGGACCAAAAUUUCAUUUGCCAUCAUUUGGAGGAGGAAAAGUUAAAGGCCCUGAAUUAAAUGUAGAUGGGAAAGUAAACACACCAGAUGUAAACAUAUCAACUCCAGAUAUCAAGGGGGGAAUUCAUGCUCCAGAUAUUGAUUUGAAGAUGCCCAAGGCAGACAUCAAAGGACCAAAAUUUAAUUUGCCAUCAUUUGGAGGAGGAAAACUUAAAGGCCCUGAAUUAAACAUAGAUGGGAAAGUAAACACACCAGAUGUAAACAUAUCUGGCCCAGAUGUAAAAGGAGGAAUCCAUGCUCCAGACAUUAAUGUGAAGUCACCCAAGGCUGACAUCAAAGGGCCAAAGUUUUCUCUGCCUUCCUGGGGAGGAACAAAAGUUAAAAGCCCAGAGCUACAUAUGGAUGGAAAGGUAAAGACACCUGAUGUAAAUGUGUCCUCUCCCAAAAUUGAAGGAGACGUAAAAACUCCAGAUAUAGAUAUGAAUUUACCUAAAGCUGAUAUAAAACCUCCUAAAACUUCAAAGUUUUCUUUUUCAUCAUGGGGUAUGUCCUUGCCAAGGGGGAAGAGUCCUGAAUUAGAUGCUAACAUAAAGGCACCAAAUGUUAAUGUCUCCACUCCAAAAACCAAAGGUGAUCUUAAUGCACCUUCAGUCAAUGUAAGUUCCCCCAAAGGUACUAUUAAAGGGCCAAAAUUUAAAUUUCCCUCUUGGGGAAAAGCAAAAUCACCAGAUUUACACUUAGAAACACCUGAUGCAAAUAUCUCUACUCCAAAUAUCAAAACACCUGAAGUUAACAUAAGUGCACCAAAAGUAAAAGGCCCUGAUGUUGAUAUUUCUGGUCCCAAAAUUGAAGGUGGAAUCAAAGCACCAAAAUUUGGAUUCAAAUUACCAGAACUAGAUAUGAAAGCCCCAAAUAAGGACAUUAGCAUAAAAGGCAUUCAAGGAGAUAUCAAAGAACCAAAUGUAGACCUUACUGGUCCAGAAAUUAAUAAAAGUUUGGAAAUACCAAAACUGAACUUGCCAAAGUUUGGAAUUUCAGAACCAAUAUUACAUGGCCCUGAGGUGAACAUUGAUGCAAAACUUCCACGUGGAAAAAUUGAUCUUCCAGAUUCACAACUGAAAGGUAAUCUUAAUGCUGCAGACAUAGAAAUGAAACCUCCAAAAGCAUCACUUGAUAUGAAGACUCCUGACAUUGAGCUUGACGUACCAGACCCAAAGAUGAAGUCUAGCAUAUUUAAAAUGCCUACUUUUAAUCUACCUGGCAUAAAAAGUAACAACCCCGAGUUAAAGCUGGGUGACACACAUUUGCCAGAUUCUGACAUAAACCUCAAAGGACCUAAUCUUGACAUUGGAAAAAUGCAGACUCCUGAUGUAAAUAUCUCUGGUCCCAAGAUCAAUAAACCUGAUGUAGAUAUUAAAUUGCCAAAUGCUGAAUUCAAAGGUCCAAAUCUGGAUCUGAAAGGACCAAAUGUUGAAGUUGGGGAACCAAGUGGAAAAUUUAAAAUGCCUCAUAUGAAGAUGCCAGAUUUUGGAAUAUCUGGUCCAAAACUGAAAGGUCCUGAUAUUGAUGGCAAUGUAAAAGUUCCUGAUGUAAAUAUCUCUGGUCCUAACAUCAAUAAACCUAAUGUGGAUAUCAGUUUUCCAAAAUCUGAUAUUAAAGGUCCAAAUCUGGAUCUGAAAGCACCAAAUGUUGAAGUAGGGGAAGUUGGGGGAAAGCUUAAAAUGCCAUCACUGAAGAUGCCAGAUUUUGGAAUAUCUGGUCCAAAGGUCAAAAGUCCUGAUGUGAACAUUGAUGCUAAGAUGCAGACUCCAGAUGUAAGUAUCUCAGGUCCCAAAAUCAGUAAACCUGAUGUAGAUAUCAGCUUACCAAAAGCUGAAAUCAAAGCUCCAAAUCUGGAUCUGAAAGGACCAAAUGUUGAGGUAGGGGAACCUAGUGGAAAAUUGAAAAUGCCAUCACUGAAAAUGCCAGAUUUUGGAAUAUCAGGUCCAAAAAUGAAAGGUCCAGAUAUUGAUGGCAAUAUGAAAAUUCCUGAUGUAAAACUCUCUGGUCCUAACAUCAAUAAACCUGAUGUAGAUAUAAGUUUACCAAAAGCUGAUAUUAAAGGUCCAAAUCUGGAUCUGAAAGGACCAAAUGUUGAAGUAGGUGAACCUAGUGGAAGAUUUAAAAUGCCAUCACUUAAGAUGCCGGAUUUUGGACUGUCUCGUCCAAAAAUCAAAGGUCCUGAUGUGAACAUUGAUGCUAAAAUGCAGGCACCAGAUGCAAGCAUCUCAGGUCCCAAAAUCAGUAAACCUGAUGUAGAUAUCAGCUUACCAAAAGCAGGAAUCAAAGGUCCAAAUCUGGAUCUGAAAGGACCAAAUGUUGAAGUAGGGGAACCCAGUGGAAAAUUGAAAAUGCCAUCGCUAAAAAUGCCAGAUUUUGGAAUAUCAGGUCCAAAAGUAAAAGGUCCAGAUAUUGAUGGCAAUGUAAAAGUUCCUGAUGUAAAAAUCUCUGGUCCUAACAUCAAUAAACCUGAUGUAGAUAUCAAUUUACCAAAAGCUGAUAUCAAAGGUCCAAAUCUGGAUCUGAAAGGACCAAAUGUUGAAGUAGGUGAACCUAGUGGAAGAUUUAAAAUGCCAUCACUUAAGAUGCCGGAUUUUGGACUGUCUCGUCCAAAAAUCAAAGGUCCUGAUGUGAACAUUGAUGCUAAAAUGCAGGCACCAGAUGCAAGCAUCUCAGGUCCCAAAAUCAGUAAACCUGAUGUAGAUAUCAGUUUACCAAAAGCUGAUAUUAAAGGUCCAAAUCUGGAUCUGAAAGCACCAAAUGUUGAAGUAGGGGAAGUUGGGGGAAAACUUAAAAUGCCAUCACUGAAAAUGCCAGAUUUUGGACUAUCAGGAACAAAGGUCAAAGGACCAAGUUUUGAUAGUGAUGCAAAUCUGAAAACUCCUGAAGCAAGUUUAAAUGUGAAAGGAUCACAACCUAAGGGAGAAGUGGAUGUUUCAGUUCCAAACAUGCAUGGAAAUAUAAAAGGAUUUUCUGCAGAUAUAAAGGGUCCUAAUGUUGAUAUCAGUCAGCCAGAUGUAAAAGGUGGAGAUGGAAAGUUUAAAAUUCCUAAAAUGACAUUUCCAUCUUUUUUUGCCUCCAAAUCCGCAAGUCUAAAGGCAUCAGGUCCACAAGUAAAAGAAAAUGCUAAUGUUGAUCUGAAUACUCCCAAUAUCAGCAGUCCAGAAAUUGAGCUUGAUGUUCCUGAUGCAAAACUAAAGGGACCAAGGAUAAAACUCCCAACUUUAGAUGGCUUCAGAAAUCCUGCAGUAGAUUCUAAUAUAAAUGUAAAAGCUCCAAGUGUUAAAGGUGAAUUUGAAGCUUUGCAGCCAACCAUUCAUGGGGAGCUUAAGCAGCCAAAUGUUGAUGUUGAUUUAUCUAGAGGCAACACUCCAAAAAUGACCAUGCCAUCAGUUUCAAUACCAGAAAUAGAUGUUGGUACAUCAAAACAUAAAGGUGGAAUUACUGUAUCUGCACCCAAGGUACAAGGUGACCAAAAAGGACCCACUGCAGAUGUUCAGUACUCAAAAUUAAAUAUGCCAGGCAUAAAUAUAAACACCCCCAAACUAGAAAGUAGUAUUGAAGCUCCAAAAGUUAAUAUUAACAUGCCCGGUGUAAACAUAAAUGGAUCAAAAGCUGCUGAUUCCAGUUAUGAUGCACCUUCCUUGGAGGACACAGAGAAAAAUUUAAAUAAGUCCUCUCCAAAAAUUGAUAUUGAAGCUAAACUCCAAAAGUUAAAAAAUGAUUUGUACUCAAAAGGAAAGGUUACACCUCCAAAGGCUAAUGUGGAUGUAGAUCUUCCAGAAAUUGAAGGACCGUCACAGUUUUCAGGUCCAAGCAUACAAGGUGUAAUUAAGGAUGCAAGCACUCCAGACAUCCAUCUUAGUGCUAGCCAAGACAUUGCAACCAAACCCACAAGAGGCACAUUUAAAGUAAAUAAACCUGCUGCAGAAGCUGACAAGAAAGAUGAUGGAGGUGACAAACCAAAAUCAGCCUUUAACUUUUCUGAUAUUUUCAACAUAGGUGGUAAGAAAGGGUCAGCAGAUAUUACAACAGAUAAACCAGAAACCCCGUCAACUCCACCACAGUCUUUCAAGUUCACAUUACCCGAAGUUGAAUUUGGAAAAUAACUUCUCUAAUCACUGCAUGGUUUUCUUUAUCUGGCUUAUGAAGGUUACGCAACUAUGAUAUAAACACCAGAAGCCUUUUGUAUAAAAAUAAAGAUUAUGUAUUUAUUUAAAUUUUUUAGGUUAAUAUUCUAUUUUAUUUUAAAAUCAAUACUGUAGUAUGUGAUUUUUUUCAUGAAUCUGAAAAGUCAUGGUUCUGGUGUUAAAUUCUGUUUGUUGUGGAAACAUCAAAAUAUACAAUUUAGUUAUUUUGGACUAUACUCUGCAAUUAAGAUAUUCUAACGUGUUUAAGUUUAUUAUUUUAUUAAAAUGUUCUCAGAAAAUUGAAAUAAAAUUUAUUUGGAACUUGUCAUGCUAAUAUGUACAUAGCAAAGGAUAGUGUGUGAUAUUGAGUAAUAAGAAGAAAAUUCUCUCUUCAUUUUUAAGGCAAAUACAUUGUAUAUAUUCUUCUGUGAAAUAUUUAACAGAAUAAAGGGUGUACUGAUCUGA